UCUGAACUAUUGUCCGACGACAACUGCUGCCAUUGGGUAUUAAAGUUCCGCAUGGAGAAGUUGAUUUCUUUCACAUUUUUUUUUAUUUCACUUUUAUUUAACCAGGUAGGCUAAUUGAGAACAAGUUGGCCAUUGACAAAUCAAAUACUUUAUUGGAAAUGUUUUAAAUGAAAUCUCAAACCAUGUUUGGUUCUUUAUGUUAUGUUUCUUGUGAACACUGUAAUAGCAAACACAUGCAAUAUUCAGAUCAUUUUACCGGUUGCAAUUAUUCAUUUUUUAGAAACAUCUUUAACUGCAUUCUUUGUAGUUGAAUUUUCACUCUGCACUGAUCAAGAAAGGGCUGGCUCACAAAAGCUCUACUGCUCUCUACGGUAUUUUCAUCAGAAACACUCCAGUCUCCACCUCCACUGAGGCUUAUCAGAUUGUCAGGGUACAGAAGGCUGUAUAGCAGGUAGGGAGAUUUGCAUUGUGGCUGGGGAAAUGGAGAGAACAGGUGGAGGUGUGGAGAACUCUGGAGCUGACGGCAGCUUGGUCGUCUGGUCUCUACUGACCUUCUGUCUUCUGUCUGGUCCUGCCACAGGUGACCAACAUGCCCACUGCUCUGAGUUCCUCUGUCUCAGCCCUCCCUCUCUUCUGGUGAGGCUCCUCAGCUUCUCCUCUGAGCAGGGUCCCUGUGGUUACCCCUUAGAUCUCCCUCCUUCAGGCCUCCCAUCUGGCCAGGGCCUCCCUCCACUUCCACCAGGCUUCCCAGGACUGGCCCCUGGUCCUGUGGCCUGGAGCCCCCUCAGCCCCACAGUUGUGAUUGUCCCGGGCAGGAGGCCAGCCAGGCUGCAGCCCAGCUGGGCGAGGGUGAUGGCGGGGGAGCUGUUAGAGGCAGGGCUGGUUAAUGUCCUGGUAGCUGAUUGGCUGCUGCCCCCAGAGCAGGAGAUCACAGAAGGAGCCAGGCAGGUGGGAGAGAAGCUGGCACAGACCAUAAAGACACUACUGGAGGACCAGGGCUCUUCUCCAGAGCUGUUCCACCUGGUAGGGUUUGGUGUUGGGGCCCAUGUAGCUGGUGUGACCGGGGCCUGUUUGGAGGGAACUAUUGGCAGGAUCACAGGCCUGGAUCCGUUCUCACCGGUGUUUUCCGAGGCAGACAGCAGCCUGUCUCUGGAUCACACUGAUGCCCAGUACGUGGACGUGAUUCACACCAACUUCAACCCCAAUGAGCCGGUAGCUCCCCUGGGGGUUCCUAGACCGUUGGGUCAUGUUGAUUUCUACAUCGGCAGAGGACAUCAACUCCCUGGUUGUCCUCAGGCUCUCAUGAAAAGGGAGCAGUACUUGCUGUGCAGUCAUCAACGGGCCUAUAGGUUGUUCACCAGCUCCAUCCGGUCCUCCUGCCCUCUCACAGCCUUCCCCUGCCAGGGAGUAGAGGACUUCCAGAGGGCUCGCUGUACACACUGUCAUCACCCUGGCCUCAACAUCUGCCCCCAGCUGGGCUACGACAUCAGCUGGCUGCCUCCAGAUCGACCAAUCGCCUUCCAGCCCCUGACCGCGGUCCUGGACAUCACAGCAACGGAGCCUUUCUGCGUGACGCCGUUCCUGUUGGAGGUGCACCUGGAGGGAAACACCUCGUUAGAAGCCCAGCUGUUUAUUCAGCUGAAGGGAGACGUCAGGAAAACACCUGUCAUGUUGGUGUCCGGUCCUUCCCUGAUGCAGUUUGAGUCUCAUCAGAUACACCAGUUCCUGGUUUCCAUACACCACACUGUUCAAGAGUUCAGAACCAUAGUACUUCACUUCUACUCUCAACGCCUCCUGUACUUGGCCUGGAGGAAGAGACGGAUUCACAUCAGUCAUCUAGUCCUUACACAACUACCCAGACACCAGGGGCUAGUAUCUUACAGGACCCGGAGUGUUACCGCAGUGGAGAAUCACAGAGUAGAUGUGUCUCUGCAGAAGGAAGAGUGAAGAUGGACGGGGGG